CUGGGAAGAAAAAGUAGCGGUCCAGGCAGACGCGGACAGAGCCUUCUUAGGGUGGAGAGGAAUCUACGUAGAGCGUGCUGCAGAGAAAAGACAAAGGAAAUUAGCGGAGACAGUAGCGAAACAAGAGAGGGAAAUGCGUAUUUUUUGAAUUUUUUUUUGUUGGCAAACUCUGCAUCUCUUCCGUCUGCCUCUGCCCUACAAGUGAUUAUAGACGACGUAGAUGAAGAAGCUCCAGUAUGCUGGUGCUGUUGGCGGGUCCUUAGGGACUCGGCCAUAUUUUUAGGGACUCGGCUUAAUUUUUCGUCUACGACCAGCAAAACGUGGUGGUCACAUGAUCAUCCUACCGUUCGUCCCAGGUAUCUUCGAAAAGCAGAAGAAGAUCGAGUUACAGAACUUGCGCAGCGAGCUCGUGACCACACACGAUGCAAAGAUAGAGCAGCUAAAAGAGGAAGCAGACUUGAAAUUCAGGACUAUGCGUGACGCCAAGAACAAGGAAAUUGCGGAGUUGAAGGUACUCCUUGUAGUUGCGGAGUUGAAGGUACUCCUUGUACUUGACUCAGACGGGUUAAAGUAAAAGGACGAUCAUCUCCUGGUUAAAAAGAUAGUAGAGGUAAGGAUCACCCGGUUAAAAAGAUAGUAGAGGUCCCCAGUCUUCUAUUUCUACUUGUGAUAGUGAUUCGAGAUUGUUGGCGUGAGUUUCUCCUGUAAUUAGAAGUCAUCCUUGUUCAGCUCCACCCUCCACGACAAACACAAGCAUUGCUCAGGUCGACAUCGCCGAGCUUACCCACAAGUUAGCCCGGGGGAAGGAGAAAAUGGAAUUGUUGAACCGCAGAUUGCGAGAGAGCGCCGAAGAAGCACUGCGAUUGCAUGGUGAUGCAGACGAGCGAGCAAGGCAAUUGGCGAAGCUGAGAGCGGAUUUGGACCAAUCCGAAUUCGAUCUGGCAUUAUCAAGAGACAGGAGUCCGACGGAAAAGAUAGUGGAGAAAGAAGUCAUUCUGCUUAUGGGCAUCAUGGUUGAACUAUAAUUGAUCAUGUUUUUGAAUAUGACGAUGAUUGUCACUACUAGAACUUCAUCGAGCACUUCUAAGUUGCUCUCUUAUUUCUACUUGUAAUUCUUUUUACCCGCCUUACGUACUUCUUUCUUGUCGUUGUUCUAGAUUGUGUCCCCGUUAUUUCUCUCUCUGCUCUCAUCUCUGUCGUUGAUUCCUCUCCUCUCUUCCUUAAACUUUAAUACCAAGAAGGAGCCGGACAUUGACAUCGAUGCAUUGCGUGAACAGAUUCGACAGGAAUUGCUACUGUCGAUGGAACAGACCAUGGAAGUCGAGGAAUUGCAUAAAAAGCUAAAGAUCGCCAGUCGAAACUUGGACCUUACAAGACAGAGGCUUGAGGAAGAGCUAUGGCGAUGAGUGGUACUAGUACUAAUACGAUACCCCCCGUAGUAGUAGUACGUGUACGUAGUUGUAGUAGAAGUACUAGAGCUUGUCUGGUUCUAGUCAACUACAUGCAAAAUUCAAUUUGAUGUUGAAGGAAGAUACUCAUUGAGUUCGUCGCAUUCCAUACAUCCUCUUUCUAAUUCCCCAACUCGCCGCUGACGAACUCGAACGCGGGCUCUUCCUGAAGCAAGCAGAAGUCGGUGCUUUACGCAGACAACUGGAUGUCGAAAUCACUACCCAUCUCUGUGCCCAACGCGAGUUCGUCGCUCUCGCCAAGAGUCUGAAGCUGAUGGAAGUCAAGUGUCGCGCUAAGGAUGCCACCAUAAGGCGUGCGCAUGUGAAGGAUCCACAACUGGCGGAAAACUACGAAGGACAGCUGAUUUUGAAUGAACAGAUGCAAAGAAAGAUGGGAGCCAUGACGAAGCGGAUACGCAUGGUCCACAAACUAGCAGGAAGGCUGAAAGGCGCUAAUUUGCGAAAGUUCUUCAAGAAGCUGACUGCGCCAGCGAAAGAUGGCGGACUAGUAAGUUCGAAAACGGCACUAGACGAUCAUGCUCUAAGUGGCCUAUCUUCCUCAGGUGGACGUCUAGGUCCUCUAGGUCUGCCAACCGACAUCGAUGAAAUGACAAUAGACAGCGACGUAGAUAAUGUAGAACUUCAAGCUUUUCCACCUCAACCUCCAAACGUAAACCUAAACAAGGCAGCUUCCUCUAGUACUGCUAAAAACUGCAACCCUGGUGCUGCUGGACGUGGCGUUUUCCCUGCUUCUCCUGCUUCGCCAAAGUCAAAACAGCAGCAAACGCACAGUAUCGCUUCGCCCUCUUCUGCUCGAGCACGCCACGAUCAAGACGACCUCAACGUCAUUUUCUCCCGCAAUUUAUCGCAGCUGCAUGGCAGAGAGCUUGUCGAUGCGUCCACGAGGUACGUCGAAAUGCAACAUAGGAGGGAGGCUGUAGAGGAUGAUCUUGGGAUCUCCGGAGCAUCAUCGUCAUCUUCGUCUGCUGAACGAAGUGUUGAGGAGCAUGCUAGUAGCACACUUAACCACCAUGAUGAUCGUCCGGAGUCACUGUCUCCAGAGCGAACGUCGUUGUCGCCAGAGAGGACGACAUCUUCCGCAGUAGAUGGCUUAGAUCUUGAUGCUCCUCAUGGUCAACAUGCUGUGGACAGAAAUAGAGAAGAUCAUGAAGAUCAUGCUACAGCUACAACAACCUCCUCAAAAGACACCACUACAACAACGAAUUCAAAUCACGCAACCAAAACCAAUGCAAAGGUGGCAAUAGAUUCGACUAAAAUCAUGAUGAAUAGAGCUCCUGCGAACAAAGCCGGACCACCUCGAACAACGUCCUCAACAUCUAAAAAGAGUAUGGGUAGAUCUGCAUCCUCACCUUUCGAUCUUGAACUAGAUGGCUGCUCGCCGACAACAUCAACAGGGGAGAUCUUUGUACCAUCUGGCUCCCCUCUUGCUAGUUCGAAACUACUUGGAGGUGGUCGCUAGUUCUAAACUACUUGGCGGUCGAGGUGGUUGCUAGUUCCAAAAUACUUGCUGGUCACUCGAACUGAUCUGCUUGCUAGUUUUUUCGGAUGUUGUUGUUGUUGUUGUUGUAUGUGUGAGUUGCUUUUGAUUAUGUAUGUAGUUUUUCAUUGAUAGUAGCUGAGAUAAGCAGCCUACGUAAUUCUCACCUAUGCAUGACAAGCAACAUAAUCAUAAGACCUUGCUAUAAACGAAUUCAUCAUUUUCACACAAAUUUCUGCGAGGGGGAAAAAACACGAUACAGAUUGCAAUAGGUGGUCACGCUUUUAGUUUUGGGUCUAUGCGCAUUCGUCAUGGUUUUGCACGUCGCCCGCAUACUGAUUCCUCAGAUGAUACUCAGAAAAAUUAAAAUUCUAAGAAACGCAUGAGCCCGCACAAAACCAAGUUGAAGUUUAUUUUUGCUGCUCGAAAACACAAACCAAAGCGCUCAAUGAGGUUUAUUUCGCUUCCGCAAUUUUGAUACUGAAAUCAAAAAUGAGAAU